ACUGGAUCAGUGGUUGAUGUGCUUUCCUCGAAGUACAAUUUUGAACACUCGAUUUCAGAGAGCUUACAAACAUCAAAAUGCAAGAAAUUUUAUGUUAUGUUAGACAUUUAUGAUUUCUCAGGUUCUGUUAGGUUUGUUGGGAUGCAGUUUGUAGGGGAUCAUUUUUGGUGCAUUUAGAGUGAGGAGUUGCAAAAUUCUCCUGUCAGCAUCUUUCGGCUACACUCCUACAAUUAAUAUUUAUUUUUUAUUCUAACCAUCAGACUGUAAACAUGACAUUCAUAAUCUUACCUGUUUAAAUUGGUCAAACAAUCGGGCAUAUUCUUCUUGAAGCUGGAGGUUCUUCUUCUCAAGUUUAUAUUUACAGGGUUCAGCAGACUGUUUAUACUGAGAGUUCAUCCCUGCUCCCCGCCUCUUGCUUACACAGUACAGCAACCCGGCCUUCCAGUGCCUUGAUCUAUAAAAGUAACUUCACUGAUCUAAUGUAAAUGUGACUGGGUUCAAAAUGAGAUCCUGUGACGUAACGAUAAAGGGUAAAAUUCUUCCAUGCUGAAGCACCACACGAUGAAGGUGUAAAGGGAGUAUUGAAGUAAAGUACUAACCCCAGCACCAGAAGAAGGUGAAUGGUCACCUUUAAGCUCCAGCUGCUUUCAAUACCAGAUUGGAGCCUUACUGGCUAUGAGGCUAGGUCCAGAAUUGGUCUGGAAGUGAUGGUGAAGAGAAAAUGUAUGCCUCUCCCGAGAACGAAACCCCAGUUAUCUAGCUCCCAACAUUGCUCAUUUUACAAAAAAAACUAUCCCAGCACACCCCAUGACAAGAAAAUAUGAAUUAUAAUUUGCUGAACUACUUUCAGGAUUCUAACAGUACACAAAAUUAAUCUAAGGUAAGAUGAUAUCAAUUACACUCAUCUGUUUUGUUUUACCUUACUUUGUUUUACUUUUUGUGUUUCUUGCUUAAAACAAAUGCUUUAUGCAAUCAACAGACACUCAAACAACACUGAUGUCCCCAUAAGGAAAAAAGUGUGAAACAUGUUAUCACCACCUUGCCCCAACAAGAAAAAAUUAUACAUAAUGAGACAAAGUUAGUACAAAAUAAAAAUAACAAUAGGUUUACUGAUGUUCAGCAAGUAUAUUAGUAUAUUUAAACAUUGUAAUCUUAUGUAAAAACUUUGUAUAUGAAAAGACUGUUAGCAAUGGAUCCACUGUGUCAUUAAGGUUAGUAAUGAACACGGAUGCAUUUUAUUGUUUAUAAAUGCCUGAUGAUGGUUGUAAAGGACCGAAACAUGUUGUGUGGAAAUAUUUGAAUAAGCCAAACUGAUCUAUCAACAAUUUGAUUCUAUCAUUUAUUGAAAGUAUAAAGUUGUUGUAAUCAACAGACAUAUUUACAUAUUAUGCUGUUGUAUGUUGGUUACAAUGUAUCUACUUGUAAAAGUGCAGGGACGAUGGCAAUGCUUCUGUUCUUCGUAAAUAUGGCUGAACUGUCUGUAAGCCAAGACCAGCUUCCUUAGUUUGCUUAUAAAACUAGCCUAAACUUAUGCAGUACACUACAGUAAGUGCUGUUACUUCUUAUCAUCAUUUGCAAGUUUAAUGACAGUGAAUGGAUAAUUAUUCAAACAAACCAUGUGAAAUUUACAAUAUGAAAAUUUAAUAUUGCUUUCUUGCAGAACUCACAUCAAUAUUCGUUCCAUAAAUUGCUUUCAAGAAUACAACAAAACUAGUACUUGCCAACAGUGCAUUAUGAGAAAAAAAUUCAGAGAAACUUUUGUUCUCUGUUCUUAUUUCCAGCAUACCUCACAGCGGGGAAGUGUUUACCAUCUCAUGGCCUAGCACAGCUCCUCUGCUGUUGCAUCACUGCGGAUGGAUCCAGCUUCAAGAAUGAACAUCAAGCGUCCACCAAAUGGAUACAUACUGUUUUGUAAAGAAUGGCGCAGGAGGCUGGCAACGCAGUAUGCCACAGAGAAAAGCAGCGAAAUUAGCAUAAGACUUGGUAAGAUGUGGCAUGCCUUGACAUCGGUCGAAGAGCAGAAAUACCUCAAUCUUGGGCGACUAACGGCCCAAGAACACGGCCAGAGACAUCCUGACUACAGCUACAACCCUAUUGAGGCCCAAAGGCAAAAGGCUGCUCAUGUGGGCGCCCAUAGGGUGAAAGGCAUGAAUCCAAAGGGCCAUAAGGUAACUAACACCCUCGGGGUCAGUGGGAAAGGGGCCUGUAGCCGCCCCAGUCCUGCGUCAUCAAGGGUAAGUAAUUUCACACCAUACACUGUGAAACUUCUCCAAAUUACUGCUCUUAUUCAAUGAAUUUCUUUCUCAGUAUCUUUGGGUGGGGUGGGGCUGAUUACCAUGUGGCCUAGUGUAUCAACCCAGGA